AAAGUCAGAAAAUUUUCAUUUGUGAAUUUUGUUGUGAAUCAUAUUUAAAUUUUGUGUAAUCAAUUAUUUCAGUUCUAAGUAAUAUUAUAAAUAAAUGUGAUAAGGUGUAUUAACUAUUAUACCUUGUUUUUAUUUAUAUCACAAUAUAUAUUAAAAUGGAUGAAGAAUCAGGAGACUUUACUGAAGAUGAUUAUAACAUUCCAUCUAUUAAAUAUGAGUAUUUGGAUCAUACUGCUGACGUUCAGUUGCAUGCAUGGGGCAACAGUAUGAAGGAAGCAUUUGAGCAGUGUGGCAUGGCAAUGUUUGGCUACAUGACAGACCUGGCCUAUGUGGAAAUCAAAGAAGUCCAUACAAUAGAAGCUAAUGCUGAUGAUAUGAUGGGCUUGUUAUAUCACUUUCUUGAUGAAUUACUCUAUUUAUUCUCUGUUGAACCAUAUUUAAUAUGUAAAAAGGUUGUUAUCACAGAAUUCAAUACUGAAGAAUUCAAAAUAGUUUGUAAGUGUUAUGGUGAAGAAUUCCAAAUUGGGAAGCACCCUCAAGGGACAGAAGUGAAAGCAAUAACAUAUUCAGCUAUGCAAAUUGUUGAUGAACCAAAGGAUAAUAAGUAUGAAGUAUUUGUCAUUAUAGAUAUAUGAGCAAUUACAUUCUUUUAUAUUUUUUA